ACUUACGCCAGCAAAGAACGGAUUGUUGUUAGUUUUCCGAUAGAUAAAAUAACGGAAUUGCGGGUUCGCGAUUGGCUGCGUAAGUUACGCGUACUAUUCCCUAGCCAAAUUUGCUUGAUUUCCAAUUCCAAGGAAAAUAUGAACUUUUUCUCGAAAGUAAUACACCAUCAGUCACCGACAAACGAUUUUACAAUACAUUGAUUUAUAUAAAAGUCAAGUUGAAAAUAUGACGAUGGAGUGGCUAUUUAAAAAAGUUCCCUAGCUAAAUUUGUUCUUAUAAAUUUAUAUAAACAAAUAACUGAAGAAAAUUAGUUCGAUCGGUCGUGAUGAGGGGUUAACUAUAUGGAGCUCUUGUCUGCAAUGAUUGUAGAGGAACAGUAUCUUCUAGUAUCUAAUAAGCAAUACAUAAAUCUACUAUUAGGAAAUAGCUCCUCUUGGACAAUGUACGUCGCUCCAUCUAUGAGCGCGCAAUUUGAAUCAAACGAGUGAGUUGCAAUAGCCCCAUAAAGAUGGCUCUAUCAAAUUACUUUACGGCGUGGUAAUUUUCAAAUGUGAAUGAUCAUUACAGCCUAAGCGCUUUUUUUUCCAGUAAAUAUUUCUUCAUCAGAAAUACGUAUUUUUGUAUUCUAGUCUUUUUUUACUUCUGAAGCACAAUUACAUACAAACAAAAUGUAUACUUAGGUUAUAUGAUAAUAACACGCGUCUGUCAUGCAAGAAAAAAAUGACUCAUGCUGAUCUCAAAAUCAAAUAUUCCACUGCGGUAUCAUAAAGCUCAGAUAAUUAUCAUUAAAUUUUAAUGUGACUUCAAAAUGGCAGAGUGGCUAGACCAAACUUUCCGUGAAAUCCUGCGAGACAUAGGACGCGAUAUAAAACAAUAUUCUAAUGAAGAGAGAAGAACAGUGGCCGGUUGGCUCAAACAAAUCGGCAAGGAAAUACAGAAUAACGAGGAUCGGCAAGCACGGAACGAAUAUGCUCGUUACAUCAGAUACAUUGUUCAAUCGGGUGCGGAUUUGCCUGCGGACUUCUCAGCCAUUUGUACAAACGAUCUUGAGGAGAAUCGUAGUAGCUCCACCACCUUGAGAGGUCCUUGCCCGAGAAAGGAUGUAAUAGCGCAACUUGGCUCACGCACAGAUUCCGAAGGUAUAAAAGAAGUGUGCGAACAAGUAGCAAAUGGCGAGAUAACAACAGCUGCAGAAUUUAUAUUUAGUAUUACACCGUAUGUGUCUGAUCGUGCUGGAAAUUUUCGGGAGAUUCUUGAUAAGGAUUUAAAUUUCUUUCGUGAAAUCGUCGAGGAUACUGUCGAACGUAGGGUACAAGAUGAGGCUGACGUCAUGAUGAACACGCAGAAUGAUAUAAAACAAAAGUUUCAUAAUUUAACCGAUGCGAUGCUCCAGAGGACUAUGCGAAUUCGACAGCGAUUGUUGGAAGUAGCGCCAAGAUUUGAUUGGGCAGCUAAUGGGAAGAAUAAGGCUAAGAUAGCCAAACUUAUUACAGUUAAACGUAAUGAGAUGUCUGGAGAUCCUCAUGUUCUUGAUAAACUGAUCCAUCAAGUAUUUAUGCGUGGUCAGUGGUUGAAGAAGGAACUGAAUCGACUCCAGGAGGAGAAUGGAAACCUUCAGAAGUUCCUCAACAAAUUCCGCCUACUCGCAGCUGAAAGGAAAGCACAGGAGUCGCACAUCCCAAAGUUGUUGUGUAAAGAGAAGAAGAUUCUUGAGGACCAGUUGUCGAAGCAGCGUAGGACUUAUAAAAGAAAUCUAGAGACCAUCGAUGCUUUGUAUGUUGAGCAUCACAGAUGCAUAAAACCAUCCACUAGUAAAAGCUCAGUAGAGGAAGAAACACUCGAAUAAAGUGAGGAAUACAAAUAUGCAAAACAA